AUGCUGUUGGCACAUUCGGAAUUAAAACCUAAUGUAAUCGCAACAGGAGUGCUGAGCAUUUUGAUUUACUUCCUUCGUUCCUGUUCUUCUGAGUCUGAAGAAAACUUUCGUUUGUGGGCAGACGAGUUCGAAAAAGCCUUCAGUGAACUGCAGUCAAUAACCGGUCAGGAAUACUUACAAACGGUCUAUGAGCAUUCGAAGUUCACCCCACUGGACAUUUCGGAGGAAGUUGCAUUUGCUUUCCUUGACAAGGCCGUUGGAAGAAUCAAGAAGAUUGUCGACCAGAAGAUGGGACUGGUUAACCGAAUCAAAGAAGCGGCCGAAAUCGCUCAUAAAAGUAGGACAACGGACAAUGUCACAGCGUGUUACCACAGAGCCAAAGCUGUUUCUCUCACACCAACCAUCUUGCUACCGAACUCAACAUUAAACUGCACCGAGAAACACUACUUGCCUUUGGAAGCUAACCCUCUAUUUGAGAAUCAAUAUGUAUCGAGCAACAACUCUGUUGCCCACGUUCCAACCAAUGUGUACGAUUUGUCAAACGCUUUGAUGGCUGUGGGUGGUUGGACUGCAUCACUUGAUUCGGUCUUUAAAGAGAAUACGGUACUCGAUCCGACGGUAAAGUGGCAGUACUUUGGAAGUUCCACGGGAUUUUUUCGCUUUUAUCCAGGUGCAAUGUGGGAAAUACAGUUGGAUGAACCCAGACUGGAUUUUUUCGACUGUCGUUCACAACCCUGGUAUCUGGCAGCUUCCUCCUAUCCCAAAGAGAUGAUUAUUCUCAUUGACAAGAGUGGCAGUAUGAAAGGACGCAGUGAUAUUAUCUCCAACGCCACUGCAGCUGAAAUUUUGAAUACCCUAACAGAAAACGAUUUUUUCAACAUUAUUAUGUUUUCAGAUACUCCGAAAUACGCCGAUCCAGCAUUAUCGGAGAAUCUCAUCCCGGCACUCAAGUACAACAAGGAUCGAUUGAUAAAAAGGUUUCAAGAUUUCACUCCUAACGGGACCGCCUCGUUCGAACGAGCGCUGACAGAAGCUUUCAACUUGCUCAACAAAACCGAGGUGUAUCGACCAGAUGCAAAACACUGUAAUCAACUACUGAUGUUCAUCACUGAUAGCGUACCAGCAUCCUACAAAGACAUAUUUGAAAAAUACAAUCCUGAGAAAAACGUUCGCGUAUUCGUCUUCUUGCUUGGCCAACACUCCUACGCCGAGCCGUAUGUGGGUGAGCUGGCUUGCUUUAACCGAGGUUACGCAGUUACAAUAGCAACGCUUGCGGACGUUAAAGAAAAUGUACUGAAAUAUUUAAACGUGGUGGCCCGACCGAACGCUCUGACCAAGCACAAUUUCACCAUAUGGACGGGAGCCACGGUUCAGCAAUUCAACCUUAAAGCGUAUUCCAUAAAGAUCCCCCUUUCAAAAGGUUAUGCACAUACGGAGUACACUACGAUUCCGGCCGAAAUAGACACAAUGAUUGCAUCAAAGGAGGAGGACACCACAAUGUACACGUCUGUCGCCGUCGCAGUGUACGAUCAGACGAACAAAGCAGUACGCUUAAAGGAGGGAAAUUUACUUGGGGUUGCUGGGAUCGAUGUGCCACUGCAGUCUUUCAAAGAUACAUUACGUGGUUUUGAGCAGGUAAUACAGAACAAUCGUUUCCUCGUAGUUAACAUGCCGAAGUUAGUAAUUCGUAGUAGUUUGAUUAUGACUUCCUUCUUGGCUAUCGUCUCGCGGCAAUACGAGCAUAUGAAGAAUUUUGCACCUGUGUACGGUGAUCCUACAACCCAUUUCAACGGAACACGCAAUUAUACGCCGGAGUCCGCCACCAUUAGCCCGUACCACUUCUGCCAGUUUGAUUCCAAUCUGGCUGCAACUUAUCUUAUGGACCCCUUGAGUGCGCUUCGUGAGGUGCUUACCGAGGGCAAGUUGGAGAGUUUCAAGUGUGACGCAGAUUUUAUCGAACGACUGUACGUGGAUGCAGAGGAAACAAAAGGUUUGUAUAACUUCUGGAGGCAUGCUGAGUCAAAUGAGCUGAUGUCAAAGUGGGGCGUUCAGCAAGCUUUCAGCUUCCAUCACUCUGGUCUUAUACGGGCCUACAAUUCUACCAAACCUUCCUACAGUAAUUUCAUACUCGAUCAUCGCCUGGGACCAGAGGACCCCCUGUACGCGGAAACGGUUCUGACCACAGACUACUUUAAUUCGGAAAGGAUACUGGUGUUUCAGCCGCCACCAAAUGACCUUUUUCGACAAUACUCAAGCCAGGGGCUGGAUGUUCCCAUCUCAGUGACGCAGACCGUGUACCUCGGUUCGCGACCGGUUCCAAUGGCCGUCGUUGGCUUGCAGGUGACCCAUCAGAAAUUGCGGCUUAUUUUUGACGAAAUAACCAGCGACUGCGUUUCAGAAGACUGUCAGAAAUGUGGAAGUCCACAUGUGGAUUGCUACCUCAUCAACCAAGCUUCCCUUGUGCUGGUCUCGUCUGGAGGGGAGAAACAGGUGGGACAAAGUUUGAAGGAGAUCAACUGCGCCCUUGUAGAAGACUUGGUUCAACGCUCAAUACUCACCCAGUUCUACGUGUACAACUUUCAAGGGAUUUGUAUUGACAAACCCCGAACAACGCACAGCUUCGGGGCACGUUUGCGCGCGCCUUUACAGAAAUUAUUUCGAUUGCUCUCACAAAUCGCCCAUUGUUUCAUACUGCUAUGUAUCAGCCUUUUCGAAUCUCUCGAUCCUUUACCUAUCGCUGGACAAAAAUGGGGGCAUCAGAGUGAGACUGCCGGUGCUGCUAAAAGACACGGAGAAAGCAAGUUUCUUGAGCUGAAUAAACAAGAAGACCAUUUGAAAGGACCUUUCGUUGCUUAUGAAAGCAGUCCGUUUCAUACGACGAGUGAUGGGUUGGAAGCAUUGCCCUCCAUGCUGGACACAAGUGAUCCGGACUGGAAGAGACCUGUGCAAUAUGGAGGCGAGGGCGAUGAUUCACUGAGAAUUCCCGCUCUCCCGCCCCUAGAUAUUGAUACGGAGUCCAUUGGGGCAGAGCCCAAGGCCGAUAUCGCUUCCACCGGUUCGUCGAGUUCCGAGCCAGAGUUAAUGGAAGCACCGAUGGACGAUAUGUUUGGUAAAAUGGAUCAAGAUCCCUACGAGGCGCAGCUUCGGGCGCUGACAACCAUUGAGGCCUGUCGCCGCGACCAGGGAAUGCUGGUCCAUUUCGGACAAGAACCAAGCGAUACAGACCCAGAUGACGCGAAUGAAACUUAUGGCACUGUGCAAAAUGUGACCAUAGUGCCGGGAAGUUUGCUAAACUGCGUCCAGAUAUCGGUACAACAAAGGUGUAGAUCGGGUUCCGCGACCAGCAGUUUUACAGAACGACAUGCAUGCGAAGCUGUGUGUGAAAUUGUGCGUGAAAGAAUGCCUCAUUUGAUCAGUAAGAUAGAUGACUGCAAACAGCCGCUCACAUCGUGCACCGAGCGUUACAUGAUGCAUCAGAUUGUGAUUCACGGGUUCGAGGCUCCGUCAACCUCGACGGAUCAGUCCAAUGGACGGGUGGAUUCACAAAAGAAGGCAGGACCGUCCGAGGGAACGUAUGAAACAACGGGAGAAUAUUGCCAUGAGUGCGGUACCAGGCGUUGGUGGCUCAAACGAAUCAAAGGGACGAAUCUCUUCCUGCUGGUUGACCACGAAGCCCCAGGAGGUAGUACUGCAUCCUGCAAAUGCGCGUGUCGAAAGCGCUUUGGAUUCGGAACGCAAAUAAUCGAUAUCCUUUUGUGA